UGCCAUAGCGCCGCGCCCGGCGGAGCGCCCGGGCCUGCCGCGCCCGGCCCCGCAACCGGCCCCGCAACCGGCAGGCACCAGCGGAACCACCGGCCGUGUGCAGCCCACGUCCCACGGGGAAGGUCUAGAGAGCAUCCAGGCACAGGCACUGCCUGUGCCAGCCUGCCGGGUCCAUGGGAAGCAGCCAGUGGAUGUGAGUGUGGAGACACUGCUCAGCUGCUAGCCCUGAUGGGCUCGACAGCACAGCUGCUGCUGGGUGCAGAGAAGCCUGACCAAGACACUACAGGAGCUAACCUGGACACCUGGCUCUGACUGUGCUCACUGCAGCUCGACCUGAGAGCUCUGCCGUCUGCCUCUGGAGCUGGUCACCUGGAACAGGGCAGGCUGACAGAGCUGCUGAUCAGACUGUGACUAUGUGGGCAAGCUGCUGCAAUUGGUUCUGUCUGGACAGCUCGGCCGAGGAGCCGCCGCCGCAGGGAGCCCGAGCCCAGGCCUAUUCCAACCCUGGGUUCAGCUCCUACCCCUCUCCCACCACUCCCGAGCAGAGCUGCAAGGCCUGUGGGGUGCACUUCAACAGCUCCUCUAGGAAGCACGUCUGUUUGGACUGUAAAAAGACCUUCUGUACCUCCUGCUCAAACCAGCUUGAAGGAAGUCCCCUUCUCUGCCAUCUCUGCCAGCGUGUCCGUGCCACGGCUUUCCAACGGGAAGAGCUGAUCAAGAUGAAGGUGAAGGAUCUGCGAGACUAUCUGGCGCUCCGUGAGAUCUCCACAGAGUUGUGUCGUGAAAAGGAGGACCUGGUAUUUCUGAUUCUUGGCCAGCAGCCUGUAAUUACCCAGGAAGAUCAGAUAAGAACAAACCCACUUAAUACUAGUGCCUCUGGACAGCAAGACUUUGUGAUUCUCCCACCACCCAGCACAGCAUCUCCUACCUCACCUGAUGCGUCUCCCACGUCUGCAGAUCCCAUCUCAAGUUCACUAGCUCAGGAACAUCAACAGGCAAAUGGUUACAUGUCUGCAAGCCAAGUCAGUCUGACAGGAGUUGAGGAUGCAGCAGAAGCACCAACAGAGGAGGAGACACAGUCUACUGACUCAGAAGAUAACCUGGUGCAGGGGAGGAAGGCUUCUCUCUCUGACCUGACCAGCAUCGGGGACAUCAACGCGCUCUCGGUGCGGCAGCUGAAGGAGAUUCUCGCUCGCAACUUUGUCAACUACAAGGGCUGCUGUGAGAAGUGGGAGCUGCUGGAGAGGGUGACUCGUCUGUAUAAAGAGAAAGACCUUCAACAUCUAGUUUCUGACACCGAUGAUCAAACUGGUGGUGCUGGGCUCCCUGGCACAGAGGACAACCUCUGCAAAAUCUGCAUGGACGCCCCCAUCGACUGUGUCCUGCUGGAGUGUGGCCACAUGGUCACUUGCACCAAGUGCGGGAAGCGGAUGAGCGAGUGCCCCAUCUGCCGGCAGUACGUGAUCCGGGCCGUCCACGUCUUCAAGUCCUAAGUGUGCUGAGGACUGGGACUGGUGGUGCCCUAAAGCCUCACCUGCUCUUGGAGGCACAAUCCCUACAAAUAGUUAGGUCAGAGAUUAGCACAUGGACCCUGCUGGAAGUGAGGGAAGGAUGAAGCCUGGGGAAAAUCAUUCUUGCUCAAGCUGUGCCUGGCUCUGCUCUUCCCACAAUAGUGCUUUACACCACAGUGCCUGGACUCCUGGGAGCUCAUUGCCAGCAGCAGACACAGAAACCAUUGACAACCUACACUCUAGGGUAACUCGAUCCACUAGUGUUUGGGAUAGAUGGAUGCUUGGCUUUCCACCUCAAAGAGGCUUUUUCUUUUUCCCUGAAUAAUAAGUGGACUGGAGACUCAAAAAGUGGCUUUUGUUUUUUCUUCUUAGGCUAUAAACCCAUCAUCAACUUUUAUUUCCAAGGUUAAAAUUGUUUUGUGCUUGUUAAUGUUUAAAAAUAUAUUAUUUAAUGUUAAUUUCUUAUGCUUGCAGGACAGGCAGACUGCCUCUGAUUUCUGUGUUCAAAACAGCAGAAUUCUAGCCUAGUGCAAUUGUGGAAAAAUGUAUAAUUUUAUUUGAAGAUGGACUUUGUACUAUUGAAAAAUGUAAGCGGAGUGGGACUGAGACACAGCCUUACUUUGGGUGGUGGUGCUGUUGUGUUUACGUGCCAGGGAAAGGGAGAGGUCUGGUUUGGCCACUACUGACUCCUUGGACUUGCCAGGCUGCCUUACAGCAAACACCAGCAGUUUUACAGCUGGGCUGACUUCAUUCCAUCAUGGAGCUGCACAGCUCAGGCUUGAGGCUGUUGGAGGGUUCAGUGUGGAAAUACAGCUCAAGUACCAAGGGAUCCCCUUGCUACACAAUCACACCUAAGUACAGGUGACACUUUUCAGAGGGGAGACAUGAACAAAAGCAAACUUGUCUCCCGUGGAUCAGUAAGAUCAGUGAUCAUCACUGUAGGUGCCUCUGUUUGCUAAUCAGCUUCCUCUUCAUCCUCCCCUCCGCUCAACCUUAAGCAGCCUGAAAGUAACAGGACUGCAUCAAAGGCAAUUUAUUUUGUACUCCUGCCUUGAGGGUGGACAGGGGAUUCUGUGGUCUGAUCAGUGACCCCUGCAAGCCCUUCCUGCUCUGCUCAGCUGGAAGCCUUGCUGGAGAAAUGGGAACUGCCAUGUUUUUCCCUCUGUGCCCUGCAGGCAGUCUGUGCAGUUGCCUGGUACCAGCUACUUUGCAAAUCUUGAUGCCUUAAGUUUUCAGCCAGCAUGGGAUUGUAUUCUCAUUUCAAGUCAUCCAUGAAGCUCAGCACCUUCUGCUGCAGCAUCUUCCUGUCUAGCUUUUCCCUUUGGGGGGUGGCUGCCAGCAGAGAACUGCAUAAACAAGUGUCCACUUAAGCUUCUGGAAGUGGUUACAGAAAUGAUCACCAGAGCCAUCUGCUUUUGCAAGAAGUGGUAACAUGUUAACAGCAAAUUAAAUUUGCCCCCUUUCCCCUGGAACAUUGCCCGAGUAGCACCUGCUUCCCAAGUGGGGAGUGGAGGGUCGUGCUAUGCAAGUUGGAAUCAAUAAAUAACUUCAGGUGAGGAAACCUGUUGCUUGGGAGGUAGAACCUCUGCACUGCUGAGGUCAUCACUGAACUCCACAAAAAAGCAACAGCUGCUGAAGUUUAUUGAACUAGAAAUUGAGUUUUACCUCUUCCCCUGUUCAAGUUGUUCUCUAACUGUUGACUUAGGGUUGAACAGCUCCCAGCAGGAGAGGAGGACUGGUACAAUUCCAUGCAUCAUCUUAAAAAUAAUAUUGCAGGUGAGCAGUGAGUGUAUUUACUCUUCAGGUGGUUCACAGGGGCCUCUUUAAGAGGAACAGGAAUAAAAAUAUAAAGUGUUGAACAGCCUCAUUUAGCAGAUUCACUGUGAAAAUUCAUGUCAUAUUUUUCAAUAAACUCAGGGCUGGGGGAAUUCAGCAGGAAGAAGAGUAUUCCCCUGUGGACAGAUGUAGAGGGUAGGCUUAUUUCUUACAGCAGAUAAAUCAAGAUAGAUCAAUGCCUGAAACGUUAGAAAUGAGAAGAUAUACCCACCAUAUGUCUCUGAAAUGUGCUUUCUGAAGGGAGGACUUUUUUUUUUUUCCUGACUACACUGUUUUUCUUGCAAAAGAAAAAAAGGAUUCUCUGCUAUGGAUUUGAUUGUCUUUGAAGAAAAGUAACAAUCUGGAGGAAACUUAUUAAUGAUCCAAAAGAAUAUAAUCAUCAGAACUAAUAAAGUAAAUGGAAAUAUUUAUGUGCUUUAUGUGCACUGUACAUAGUUUAAAUAUUUUUAAAGUUAAUAUUCUAUUUGAAGUGGCAUGUUCUUCUCUGUUAAAUCCUCUGGGUACUAUGAUGGUAAACUCACUAGUUUUGGUACAGAAGUUUGGUUUAUAAUUUUAUAAUAAAGCUGAAAUGUGAUUUAGUUAA